GAGCAACGUCAGAAAGAAGGAGGGCGAUUGAACUGUUUUAAUUUACAGGUUUUUAUUGGAAUAGUCUAGAAGUGAAUAAUACAAACUUAUGGCCGCAGUUAAGACAAGCUCUGAAGGUGUAAAUCCUCCCGGAUUACUACAGAUUGAAGUAUCUUCCAGUGUGUCUCUAGAGUGGAUUCAGUGUAAAAACAGAAAAUAUAACAUUUAAAAGCGGAUAGUUACAACAUUUUUGGGACAAUCCACAGAAGUUAAAGUGAGAGAGGAUGGAUAACGUCGGAGUCAACACAGCCGCAAAGCUACCAACCGGCAGAAAGAUGAAGGCCCGAGCUCCACCUCCACCUCAAGCUCCUCAGCCAGCCCCUCGUAGGACAUUCCCAGCAGCCCAACCCACAGCAGUGGAGUCCUCAGAACAGAGCACGGGGGACCUGAAAGAGAACGAGCUGUGCCUCACUGUGGACGUCCUCAUUGUCCUGCCAGAUGGCAUGGAGAAGAAGAGAACAGUGAAUGGAAGUAAAGCACUGAUGGAUCUACUAGUGGAUUUGUGCAGCCAGUACCAUUUAAGCCCUGCAGACCAUACCCUGGAACUGCAGUCUAGUGAGGCUCAGCCAUUAGCCUUCAAGCCAAAUACUCUGCUGGGAAAGUUAGAUGUGCACACAGUGCUGAUCAAGGAAAAGGUUGUCGAGGAAAAACCCAGAAGACCCCCACCUAAAGUGCCAGAGAAAAGCGUGAGGUUGAUAGUGAACUAUCACAGGACUCAGAAGGCUGUGGUGCGUGUAAAUCCUCUUGUGCCACUGAAGAAUUUAAUUCCACUCAUUUGUGAAAAAUGUGAAUUCGAUCCCAGACAUGUUAUAUUGCUGAGAGACAAUAUUAACAACAGAGAACUGGAACUUUCCAAAUCGUUAAAUGACUUGGGAAUUCGGGAGCUCUAUUUAUUGGACCACAGUCUAGUAAACCAUCUAUCUAAAAACCAUUCUGCACCCGUUCUAAAGUAUGGAGAAUCAGGUCAGACAUCGUCUGUGAGCACCUGUUCCUCUGAAAAGAAAGGCCUCCUGGGUUUAUUCAAACUGAACAGGAGGAAAAGUAAGCCUGAAGAGGAAAGGGUGAUGAACACAGAUGAUUGUGACUAUGGAGGCUACUCAACAGCUCCAAGUACCCCUGCUGUGAAUGCCCGCCCCGGUACACUGGGUCAAUCGCUGUCUGUCGGCAACAUCCCAAGAAUGUCUUCAAAAGAUGAUCCAAAGAAACGCAGAGCGCCACCACCUCCUGCAGGGCUAUCCUCACUGCACAGCUCACAGGAAACCAUCCAGGUCACAUCUGGCUCACCAAAUGCUAACCAGCAGAAGAAACGGCGUGCUCCACCUCCACCACACAUUACUGUUCUAACUGCUAAAAUGGAGGAAAAUGCUUCUGUAAUCAGUAACAAAAUGGAAGAACCAGAGCCUGUGAUGAAUAAUACUGCAGAGGAAACAGAACUGAUGAGGAAUUACAAAGUCAAGGAAACAGGAAACAACAGGCACAGCACCUUGGGUGCUGGGCGUCAAGUGCCAGUAAAGCCUCGAAGAGGCAAUGUACGUGAUCCGCCCCAGUUAGUGCUCCCCCCUCCCCCACCAUACCCUCCUUGUCUAGACACAGACUUUAUGGAUCCACAAGUAUUUCAACCAACUGAUGCUGAACUUGCAAGCCAGAUGGACUUGGCCCACCAAUCUUGGCUGAGAUCUGUGCAGGAUAGCCAUUUCGAACAAAAGAAUGACAUGGAAUUACAAGGCCUGCAAGAGUUGGAGACGGUAUCCAUGGCGAGCAGUGGAAGCUUUCCUGACAAUACCUGCACUGCCUCAGAGGGUACCACUGAGGACUCUGGCAUCGUCAGCCCACCUUCAGACAUGGUGCACCCCACCUCUCCUAAUAGCAGUCUGAGAAUGGGACGACAGCUGUCCCUGGGUCAGUGCUCCAGUGAAGCUGAUGUGCCAUGUCACACAGACGUCUGCUCAGCCACAUCCCAGGAUUUCUCUAGUGACAGCGAAGAAGGUAGCAAUGCAUGGACUUCAAGUAACAGGCAGAACAGUGGCAUGAGUCUCGGAGAGGGCAAUCAGUAUGAUGAAGACAUGUACAUCACAACUCAGCUGCACCAGACUCUGGCAGAUCUGGAGGCUGAUUUAGCAGCAGAAAUAGAAGAUGUAGACUGUGCCACAGAAAUGUCAACAUUCUCUAAAGAGAAGAUUGAGAUAUCUUAUCUUGGUAAAGAGCCUGUUUCUCAAUUAGAGAUGACAAUACCAGUGACUGCAAUAGACAAAGUGUGUGAGGAAUACAGGUGCAGCAUGACUGAUUACGAAGUAAAUAAAACAAAAACAGAGGAGGAAACAAAAACUGAAAAAUAUUUAAAGAGUGACCUAGAAAACAAAAAUAACAACGCUGGCACAUCUGACAAAGAACCUACAAUUAGGAUCAAUCUUUUUGAUGCUUUGAUGUCAACAGACCAACUUAGUCCCAUUACAAAUACAGACAGUGUGAGCCCUCAUAAAGUUUCAUCGGUAAAGCUCAAAGACCAAACUCAUAGAAAAAGUGACAAUCACGAAGAUAAACUGCUUGGCAGUUUUAAGAAAACACAGGUGAUUUCCACACAACAGAAGAUGUUAAAUAAAGAAAUUGGGGAUGCAGAAACUCAAUCUAGUAACCAAGUGAAAGCAACGGAAUACUUAGGUAGCAACAAAUACCAUGAAGGACCAGAGAGAUCGCAGUCAUCCGCUAAAUGGAAAACUGCACAAAGUAAGAUACCAUGUGAUUUUGUUUCAAGAAUUGGCAUGAACACUUUCACUGUUGUCCCACCAAAACCUGCUGUUAAACUGUAUCGAAAAGAAGGAGGGUCUUUAGUAUCAGGGGCAAUCAAAAUAGAUGCCCAAGGCAACCUCAUCAAGCCAGAUGCCACUGACAUUAUUAAACACAGCUCCUCAGGAGAUAGUAAUGACGAAGAAGAUUCGCUACUUGGGAAAGCAAAGGCAUUUUGGAACUCAGCAGAACAAACAGAGCUGGAUACCACAAACAGAGUGGCCAUCACAAAACCACAGUGCUUGCAGCCUGGUAGCAAGCUGAGGCCUUCUGAGGAAGCAAAAUCAGUAAAGCCAAAGGAAUUAAAAGGAGAUGUGGUAAGAGAUUUUACUGAAGGAGACCCGAAAAGGCCCGUUAUCCCAGGGUUAACAUACCAACCACCCAAAUCAUCCUUGUCAUCAAAUAUUGGGCCUAAGGCAGACCCUCCUUUUCUGAAACCUUUUAGAAGAACCUCCAGUCAGUAUCUGGCAUCUGCGAUUGCAAAAUACACAGGGAUGCCCACACCCAGACCUGAGCCUUUCCAUGAUUCAGCUCAAAAUAACGGUGAAAGCAUCCAAGAAAAUGAAAUACAAAUGUCUACAAACUUUAACCAGCAAUCAGCAAUCCGAGAAGAUUUCCCAGACACCAGCCAUCAUGAAUAUAGAGAAUCAAACAGCAUUAAACAUGUUCGAGCCUCUUCGGCCAUAUCAAAAGCAAAAGAACCAGGGCUAACUGUGUCAUCUGUGAAUCAGAGUAGACCACUGAGUUUUCCUAAUCAGUAUAUUACCCUGUCUCAGUCCACCAGACCUGCCUUUAAAGAAAGUGUUUCCACAGAGGAGAGAACUAAGAGUGACAUGCCAAACCCUAUACAGAGUGAAGCACACACCAUCACUGUACAUGAAAACAGGAAGAUGAAAAGCUUAGAAUUUCAUCCAUCCCCUAAGUCCCCAACAAGUGCGUCUUCUCAGUCAUUUGUGGCUCCUUUAAAACCAGAUUCAUCUUCCAAUAGGUCUUACCGUUACCCUUCAACUUACCAGACGAGUUCACAUGCACCUCAUGCUAAUAUGGAAUCUGUAUCACAGAAAACAGAAAUGUGGCUUUCAGAGACGCCUUCAACUAAUGAAGCCAAACCCAGUCUUCAGGCCAAUGGUGGUGUAUUUGGUCCUGUCAAAACGUUCAAGCCUGUUGCCUUGAAGCCAGUACAAAAGGACACUUCUUUGCAUAGUUUACUCAUGGAAUCUAUCCAAGGAAGUGAAGGAAAAGACAAGUUAAGAAAGACAUCUGAUACUACAAGAAAUUACACUCAGAAGAAACCUUCCUUUGUUGAGGAGGAGAAUGAACGAUCAGCACUUUUAUCAGCCAUCAGAUCUCAAAACGGUAUCACAAGACUAAGAAAGACCACAUCGGCAGCAUCUGCAGAACUUCAUGCCAUUAAAAGCAUACCAGUAAGAGAAAAUCACAGAAACACUGAAGCUGUUCUUUUUCCUCCAUCAUUCUCACCCCCUCCUCCCCCUCCUUCUGCUCCUCCUCCAUCUGUCAUGACAAAAGUUUAUCACUCAAACUCUUCUACAAAUUCACCUAGUAACCCUGAGCAAACAAGGGAAGCUCUGCUGGAGGCUAUCCGCACAGGCCCCGGUGCAGCACGGCUGAAAAGGGUCCCAGCUCCUUCAAAAACUUUACUUGUUAAUGCGAGACUAGGUACAAUAGACACAUCUUCAAUUUCCUAAGAAUUCAAGCAUCGUACUGAACAUUUUGAAUGAAGUGACUACAAUCAUCAGAGUGGAUCCACCAUCCAAAAUAUUAAUCAUUAACCGGCUUGCCAAAUGUUGUAAUUAGUUAUUUCUCUGUGUUUAUUUUGCAGGAGGUGAAUCUUAAAUAAGACAUAAGAUAAACUGUUAAUACACUGUGUGCCAAGAAUUGUUGCCCCUUAAUGCAUGUCACACCACUGACGAGCAUUUCACUUUGUCACAACUAAUUCUCACUGGAAAUAACAUGGAAGUUCAAGUUACAUAAAAAAAAUCAGUAACAUAAUGCUCAGUAAAAGUGAAUGAAUGAGCAAAUAGCCUAAACAAAAUCCCAGUAUGACAGUACAGUUCAGGCUUCAGGUUAGGAGUAGGUGUGAGAUGACUGCCGAACAGUGGUUCUCACCAUUGAAGUAGGCAUUUUCACAAGAAUGUAUAAAUAACAUUUUAAUGGUGUCUAAAAUACAAAAAUGAAACAUGUCUAAAGCCAAUAGGCCAUUGAGUACACUUAGCCUAGGUGACACUGCUGCACGUGACACCAGGUAGACCAUAUCCUAGCAACCUGAGCAGCUACUCACUGUAAAAGUUAGCUUGGAAAUCUCAAGUGAGAAUAUGAGGUGGAUAAAUAAAUACAUUUGAAAUUAGAAAUUAGAAAUAUGAGGUGCAUCUGCUGACUUUUAUCAAGUUGCACCAUGCUGCUACCUGAUCAAAAAGAAUAGAGGCUUAUAAUGUUGAAAAACUACUGAAAAUUAUUUCAGGUGAUCAGGGAAAAAAAACACAACAGUCCAAUACAUCUCAAAGGUAUUGUUAUAACUUAUAUGGACCUCAUACUGGCUCUUUAAUUAAUAGAAACACAGAAAAGCACAAUAUAAUUUAGCUUAGUGUAGUGGCUUUUUUGCACUUCAAAGUAUAGAUGCAAUUUAUCAUUGCUCAUUUUGAAAUCCAAAUUAAUGCUUUGACUGCAGUACCUUCUGAACUUGUUAUGAAAAUGAAGGCAUAUUAUGGUAGUGCAUUAUGUAGUUGAUUUAAACAGGCACAUGUUUAUAAUAUAGGCAUAUGAAUCAGUGAGAAUAGCAUUGCUGAUUCUGAUACAAUUUAAAGGUUGUAAUUAUGUUAACCAAAUUGCAGCUGGAAGAGUAGCAGUUUAUUGAGAAGACUUAGUGAAUGACAUUUUGGUCAGAUCUUCAGACCUUUUUAUUCUUCGGGAGAUUUUUUGAUCUAUAUGGCAAUAUUAUUAUUAUUAUUGUUAUUUUGUACUGAACUACCCUGAAAUAAAGACGGUAUAUUUAGUAAAGUAAUAAUAAUUAAAAAGACAAAAACAAAAAAUACACUUUAAGGCCCAUACUUACAGAGUUUUUGAUUAUGUACCGUAAAUAAAACUUGAUUUUAAUGAAACUAUUCUUUACUGUGUUGCUGACUUUAACAAUAUUCUGGUGUACUUUCAUGAACGCCAAACUUUAUUUAAUUUAUCAAAACAGAUUUAAAAAUAAAGUCUUAAAUAUCGUCACAAGUUAACGCGUUGCAAAUAGGGCUCUCUGUUUCUGUUUUGCUGUAGUUGUAGGUAUGUAAAAAUGACUAAAGCACUUACUGUCAGGGUAUUUAAGGGUAAGGGUAUUUGUGUAAGUUACGGAAUUAUAACCUGUACAAGAUAGCUGCUAAAAUGUAUAAUUUUUUGUUGUUGCCUACUAUCUUCAGCCAAACAUAAUGUUUGACGAUGUGUUCUGUAAUUCAAUAUGAAUGCAAACAAGUGCCACAGAUUAAAGUUUAUUGAAGUUAAUGUGAAUGUUUUCCAUUGGAUAAUACAUUUAUUUAAAAAUAGUUUACAAGUGUGCAUUAUUAUUAAUAUAUCUAACUGUUUCUGAUAAUAAAACACAUAGCUGCACUAUAGUCUCUGUAAGUCGCCUUCGAUAAAGGUGUCUGCUAAAUAAACAAAGAAGAAGAAGACAUUCAAACAGUUUCUAAGCCUAGUUGGCAUGUAUAAAUGGGGAGCAGUAGCAAUUUAGUUUACUUAUCAAUGUCCUGUACCAUUGAAACCUAUUUUAUGUCCUUUUGAUAAACUUUCAUAUUGGAAUAUCAAGGGGGGUUUUUUGUUUGUUUUUUUUUUUUUUUUUUUUCAGGACACCAUACAAUACCAUCCGCACUGUAGUCUAAGUCAGUUGUACUUUGAGAAGCGCCCCCACAACCACAGUAUAUUUUAAAAUGUGGGUAAUUCUGUGUCCUGCUGUAUACCAUUUAUAAUAAAAAGUGUACUACCAAAAGCCUUAAGAAUUUUCUUGGGGCUACAAGACAGACUGCAAGGCUUUUAGUUAGCUGUUUAUUUUAAACUGUGUGAUGUACACUGUUGAUUAUUAUGAAGAAAUAGUGGGAAAAGGCCAAAAACAAUGUUCAGUUUAGUUUGAACCCUUCAGUGCAGUCAUGUGAAUUUCAUUGGAUAGCUUAUCUCCACACCAAAAAUUUUUGCAAAGCUGUCUUUUUUCCCACAUACUUUAUAGAUGCUGGUAAGUUAGAGAAUCUUAUGUAGUUUUGCACAAACUUUCCUGCAUUGAAAUGAUAAACAAUUGAGUGCUUGAGGAUUUUUCAAGGACACAGUAAUGGGUAAAUGUAAUACUGCCUAAUACACACAGCUGCACAAAGUGUUCUGUAUGACGUUCAGCCUUUUGAAAUGUUUUUUGUGUAGAUUUUUUGUUGAGUAGUCUAAAUCUUGAAAUCUAUAUUCUGGUUUAAUUUGGAAUUCAAUUUGGGAGUAGAAAUUUGGCUUACCAGAGUUAACCCUAUUAUAUAGGGCUUGGACAAACCCAGGCUAUUCGCUGAUAAAUUAAGUAUUCGUUAGUUUUCAAAAAGUAAUAAAAGCCAUUAUAUUGCUCAGAACGCAGGCAGAGACAGCAUAGCAGCAGGG